UGAGAGCAGCGUAACUUAUCUGUUUGUUUUCUUGUGCUAAAAAAAAAAAAAAACCCAGGGAGCCUUUCCCCCCCUCUCUCUCUCUCUAAAACACGAUCGACGAGAAAUAGCUAUGCAAUCAAAAACCUAGUUUUAGUCCUCGUUCUGGUGAUUCUUCUCUCUCUAUCCCCGUCCGGUCCAGGUAGUUUUCCGAAAUCGUAGCUUCAAGCCUGACUGUAUUAUUAACAUCGAGCAAAACAAGAAACCCUAGAAUUACUUUUCCUUCGAUUCUAAUAAGCCAAGACGUCAUGUACUUUUAUAUGGAUUGUAAUUGAUUAGACGAUCUACACGGAGUAUGAUUCCAGAUUCGUGUUUUUCCCUGUAUGUGUACGUGGUUUCCCUUCGAGGAAAGUGUAGUUAGAUGUUGAUAGUUAAUUGGAAAUUUUGGUAGAGAAUUGGCAUCCUAUUGGAUCUUUUGUUUCAAUUUGUUUUACUGUAGAUUGAGCUGGAUUAAGAUGCGGAACGGCUGAAUUUCAGAUUGUAGGGUUAGUUUGGUUCUGGUUUUGUUAGUUGAAGCUUUGUAGAUUUGUUUUAGCGUGUGUUGGUGAUAUACAUUGGCGGUUAAAGUCAAUAUAUGGAUCAAAUCAUCGUGGACGGUACCUAGCGCUUUGAAUUGAUUAUGGUUAUCUAGAAUUAGUGACUGGAAUCUAGGGCGGUAAAUGCGUUCGGGUGAUUAAAAAAAAUGCUACUAUGAGUUCUGGGUAUUGAUUUUUGGACGUGGGACUGUGUAGUUGAAUUCGGUGUGGUUAUCUUCAUUGGUGGUUAAGUCCUGACUCCUGAGCGGAUCAAAUCGCUGCGUUGCUGUGCUGCACUCUUUGAAUUAGAAUACCGUUGCCGAGAGUGAGUGAGUGGGAUUUAAGUGGAGAUAUCAGGGUGUUGGGUGAUCAAAAUGCUAUUGUGAGUUCUGGGUAUUGCUUUUUUGGACGUGGGGUUGCAUCGUUGAAUUAAGGAUUGGUUAUAAAAUCUCAUCAAGCAUUGCAGAAUGAGCUUGGAGAAUGAAAUUCAAAGUUCUCCCGAUGGGGCUGCUGUACCAUUUUCCGAAUCUAAAAAGCCUUCAAAAUUAUCAUAUACAAGAGACUUCCUUGUAUCGAUAAGUGAAUUAGAUGCUUGCAAAAAGUUACCAAGUGGGUUUGACGCAUCUGUACUAAGUGAAUUUGAAGACGCCUCCUAUGGAAUACAGGACCGUCAAAGAGUUCCUGGCAGCUCACCAUUGCUGAGUUACAGGCGUACCGAGUACAGCUCGUCCCCGCCUCUCAAAGGGGAUUCAAGCAAUUAUUCUCGGGGAACAUAUGGGAAGUGGGACAGCUAUUCUUCUGGACGUAGUGAAAAGGACAGUGACGCAAAAUCUGAUUGGGAUUCAGAUUCUGGAAGGCACCACUUCAACCAAUCUCGACGGUCUUGGCAAACUCCUGAGCAUGAUGGGCUUCUUGGGAGUGGUUCUUUCCCAAAACCGUCUGGAAAUGCAGCAGGAUUGUCAGCUCCAAAGGUUCGACCUAAUGAUCCCCACCAGCUGAACAGGAGUAAUGAGCCGUAUCAUCCUCCUCGCCCUUAUAAGGCGGUACCUCACUUGCGGAGGGGCACCACUGACUCUUUUAAUGAUGAAACAUUUGGUUCAACAGAGUGUACAAGUCAGGAUAAAGCAGAAGAGGAAAAAAGGAGAAGAGAAUCCUUUGAAUUGAUGAGGAAGGAGCAGCAAAAGGUACUUCAAGAGAAGCAGAACAACCCAGACAAGCAUAAAGAUGGUCAUGUCUCAGACGUCAAUGCAUGGCUGGAAGAUAGCAAAGACAAAAAGAGAAUUUCCAACAGAAGCAAUGAAUUGGAGGAGUCUAUGGCACAAACAGUUUCGAAUAAUGACUCAUGGAAAUCUUCUUCACAAAUUCUUGGAUCCAGACCACUUGUACCCCCAGGUUUUAAAAGCACAAUUUCGGAGAAGAAUCCUAAUUCUAGAGCUCUAAACAAUUCCCAUUCGACAGAGGUUACAAGAAUCGAAUUUGAGCAGAAUCUUUAUGAUGCCAAAGCUAUUGGGCAAAAUGGGACUCUUGAUAAUCAACAAGAGAGACAGUCAGCUCAGAAAAUGGAUUUCAGAGAGCCGCAGCCGGAAAAUACACUUCACAUCCUAUCUGUGGAUAAGGGUGAGCAGAUUGUCGACUCAUUAGCAGUUUUGGAUGUCUCUCUUAAGAGAUUUGGUGUGGAAGAUCAACUGUACCGGACUACUAGUCUUUCAGAAGCUUCUGAAACCCAGGAUGGUAGUGAAAGUGUUGAAUUUGAUAUGCAGAAGUUUACAGGGCAUAAAAGCAUUGGCAGUUCCAAACAGGAUCAAUCGACAACUAUUCUGCAAAAUCUUUUUGGUGGUGCUUCAAAAGUGAAUCUCAGUGGAUCCUCGGAUUUCAUCAAGCAUGACGAUGCUAAACAAGAUGAAACACAGAGUUCUGAUGUCGUUAAUUCGUCCAAGUUUGCUCAAUGGUUCUUUGAAGAUGCUGCAGAAAAGGCGGCUGUGGAAAAUCCACCACAAUCUAGAUCAACUGACCUGCUUUCAUUAAUUGUUGGUGGUGAGAAAGGUGGACCCCAGGUUUUUGAUGUGAAAGCCACUGAUCAUAUUCCACCACCUCUUUCCUUCCAAAGUUCUGAACUUACAAACAAGCAGUCCGUAUCUAAUAUGGCAUCUUCCACGAUUGGGAUAUCUGAACACUUGUACGGUUCCAGUAAGCUAGAGGCGCCCCCCGCAAUCCUCACUUGUGAAGACCUUGAACAGACAAUUCUGUCUGAAUAUAGUGAAAGUAAUUCAACAUUGCACACACCUGUUAAAGGAUGGAGUUCUUCUAGUGCAAAGACCGAGGAACCAAAAGCAGUUAUUGAUAAUCUUGCAUCUCAACACCUCAUGUCCUUGUUGCAACGGGGACCAGGCUUAAUAAAUAAUAUAGAUUCACCGAAUCUAGACAGUGGAUCCUCAGGAAAACUACAUGUCUCUGGAGGUGCAAUUGUUGGCAGUGUGACUGACAACUCUAGAGAGGAAAAGCCUGAAGACCACCACCAGUCUGGGAAGUCUCUGACUCUUGAAACGCUAUUCGGAUCUGCUUUCAUGAAGGAGCUGCAAUCAGUUGGAGCACCAGUUUCUGUCCAGAAGGGCUCAGUUGGUUCUGCAAGAAUGGAUAUUUCUGGAGUUUUAGGUGAUAGUUUUGAUAUUGGAUCCAGUAGGAGCAAUGAUGAAAAUAAUGUUCUACUAUCAAGUCAGAAACAGCAAUCAAACUCUGAUAAGAUUGAAAACUGGUUAGGUUUUAAUGACGCUCAAGUUGAAGUAGAUCCAGUAAAUCACCAAAAUGUUGCAGUGUCAAAUCUCGGUGGGUUUGAUGCAGCAGUUGAUAUUCAGCUUCCUGAAGAGGAGAGCUUGAUUACAGUUGGUGAUCCUCUUAGUACCCUCAAUUCCAUGUUCAUGUCUGCUGCAAAUUCAACUCAAGGGGAACUGUUAUAUUCUAACAAAUCGCUUGAUAUGGCUGAAAAGCUGGGAACUCUUAAUGCAGUUUUCAAGGAUGAACGACCUAUGCUCAUAGGUCAAGGAGUUCCGCCUUUUGUUCGUGGUCCUUAUGAUUCAGUGGAGCCUGACAUUCCGUACCGCAAUGUUCAUGCCCAACCAUCAUCUCCCCAUUUUCAAUCCCCUCAUAUGAAUCAUGGGAGGCCAUUUCUGCGUCCAUUAGAUUCGUAUCCUAACCGUGUUAGUUCCCAGAUGAAUUUCAUGGCUCCAGAGGGCAUUUUAGACCAUGAUGCUUCUGCCAAUCAUCAAUUCCGUGCAAAUAUGGCGCGCCCUCGUUUUCCUCACCCUAAUAGUGGGCCAACAGGAUUCGAUCUGCCUCGUCAUUCUAUGUUACAGCAAAUGCAAAUGCCUGGCAACUUUCCACCACCUCAUCUACUUCAGGAGUUUCCCAGGGGUGGUCUGCUGACGCCUCACUCCAGCAAUGAUGCAACUGGUUUUACUCAGGCACUAAACCAAACGCAAGCUCUUCCUUUUGGUCAUCAGCAACCCAAUUAUGGUGGUUUUGGAAUGCGAUUGCAAGCUCCUGAUGUUAGCGGUGGAAGCAAUCAUCCAGAGGCAUUCCAAAGGCUUCUUGAGAUGGAACUCAGAGCAAAUUCGAGGAAGACCACCCACCCUUUUCCUGCUGUCGGUCGCAACCAGGGAAUGUAUGGAGGUCAUGACCUAGACAUGGGAUUUCGGUACAGAUAAUGGGAGCAUCAGUUGUCAUCAGCAACAAAAAGGAGAAACAAAACAGCAAGAGUGCAUCUGUUUCGGUGGAUUGCAUGUUUCCAUGGAGGAUGGGUCUGUUUCAGUGCCUUUCUCUAUGGAGGGUUGAUCGCGGAGAAUGUAAUUACUGGAUUUUAUCUUCCAUGGCACGUGGUUGGGAGUUUGGGUUUUUGGUCCUUUAUGAUUUGGAAAACUUAAAAAAAAAAAAAAAAAGUGGAAAAAAAGACAAAAAAAACAAAGAGAAUAUAUAUAGCUUCUGUAAAAUGCCUUUCGUGCUUUGUGACGCA